UCGGUGUCGAUAUUAGCUGGCAUCGUGUUCUCUUGAACGAGCGAGGUUUAGUCAAGAAAAAGUUACUACACUUAAUCUUAACAGUUCUUAUCCAGACUAUUCAUCAUCAUGAAAUCAACCAAAGUUAUCACGCUGUUGCUGAUUGCAUCUUUCGCCAUGCUGGCUCUGUUUGAUAUUACCGCCGACGCUGCAGCAUCUGAACAACGUCCGCAACGUCGUCGUCGGCCAUUCCAGGCCGAAGUAGAUGCUGACGGCAACGCAAUUGCGUCACCAGCUACUCCUCGAUUUCCUUUUUUAAAUCAACGAAGAGCAAAUGGCAAGGUCAACCAAGCUGCUGCCUCAGGAACCGGCAUUAAUACUAAAUCAUUGCAGUCUGAUAUUUCGGAGAGCUGUAAAUCAGAGCCCGGCUGCGAGUGGAGUUGUCCUGAAGACGUUAACGAAUGCAUAUGCCGCUGCAAAUUCGAUCCGGCCAAUAUUCGCGUCUCACGGGAGUUGAAACCAUCUCCACGUUAAUCAACAAACAAAUUUUUCCUUUUUAUUGGUCGCUUGAUAUUAUUCUCCCUCUCCCCUCAUAACCCCUUGUGCUUUCUAAUUUUGUUGUCUGCCGAUAGAUUAUUGCCGUUUAUAUUUACUCAUCGGGCCCUUCAUAUAAGCUACCCUCUAACUUAUUUCUUGUUUUAAUAUAAAAACAAAAUGGAUGAUAUAUAACUACGAUUAACAAUAAUAAUGAAAUAAAGAAACUACGACAUUAGAAUUUUUCUUUCUCUCCAGACGCUUUUGAGGUCGUUACUGUAUGGUAUGCGUGUGAUGGCGUACCCUAGCGUUAUCAAACCAAAACUAAAUUCGAAUUUUGAUGAAGUGGGGGAUGAACCUAAUGAAUCAUUACAGGUCAUUGUGUUUUCUUUUUCCCAAGUAAAAUGCUAUUAAUAGAAGCAUAAGUUGGCAAUUUGUAAAAAAAAAAAGAAAAACACCCAUUCCACGCAUGCCCGUACGUACCCUUAAAAAUGCGCCUAAAAUGACCGUUACACAAAAACAAAAAAUAAAAAAUAAAAUAAAAAUGGGGUAGGGGAUUCAAAAUAUCCAACGGCAAAGACGGCUCAAUAGGCCAAUGGAGAGAGGCUAUCCCUUGCGCCGGCGGCAAGAGUUUUUAUUUUCGUGCGCAACCUCCGCAUGGGUGUUGGCUUUACUGUGUAUUCCCUGUUCUCGUACUAGCUUCCUGAUGCUGCUUUGUGAGCCCCAUAGACCAAGCACCCAAGCUCCUUUGUGAUAACGUUCUUGAAAAAGUUUUCGACCGCCACUUUGGUUAAAUUUGAUCGUCUGGCUUGUCUUGUACGUUAUUUAUCUUCGCGAAAGUCAGUAAGUACUGUUUAAUAACAUUUCAAUUUGUUUUUGCUAUCCAAAUACGUGAAUAUUGAGUAGAAAUAAUAUCGUCGAGUGGCACAACUACGCUUUUGGGCGCAAACUAAGCCCCUCCUUUGCCAUGAUUUGUCCAAGUCAGACAUGCUUGUUUGGUUCUAACUCAAAUGUUUCAAAAUUCACUAUUAAUUAAAUGUGUCCUCCAUUCUUGAACUGAAUUAGAUUUCUGGAUAGUCCAAAAUGCCCCGUGCUAAAGGAGAUUCAAACAAACCCCGUGGAAGGAUGACUGCUUAUGCUUAUUUCAUGCAAACUUGUCGAGAGGAGCACAAAAAUAAAUAUCCAGAUGAGAACGUAGUAUUUCUUGAGUUCUCCAGGAGGUGUGCUGGACAAUGGAAGCUCAUGACGGAAAAUGACAAAAAGAGGUUCCAAGGAAUGGCAGAGCGUGACAAGCUUCGCUUUGAAAAUGAAAUGAGGCAUUACCAACCCCCUCAAGGUGCAACCGGUCGAGGAACCAAACGCAAACAAGUAAAGGAUCCUAAUGCCCCGAAACGCUCCCUCUCGGCUUUCUUCUGGUUCUGUCAUGAUCUGCGCGGACACGUAAAGGAACAGCAUCCCGAAUACACUCUAGGUGAAAUCGCCAAAGAGUUGGGAAGACGUUGGGGAGUUUCAGAUGAUGCUACCAAAGCCCAGUACGCCGCCAAAGCUGAACAAGACAGAGCGCGUUACGAAAGAGAUAUGAAUGCAUACAAGAAAUCGAAAUUGGAACCACAUAGCGAGUACUACGAUGAAGAUGAAGAAGAAGAUGACGACGAAUAAGGGGUUUCCUCAGUGCGGAGUUUAUUCUGGUUCUCUUUGUUUCUUUAUAGAUCUUUCUUUCCCUUGUUUUAAGAUUAUAUGUGGACAUGUGGUCAAGAAGACAUUCUUCUCCUGUUUUACAACUGCUUAAGAGAAGGUCUUGGAAGAUUGUUCUUACUUUUUCCUAAUUUUAUUUCUGUGACUGCCUCUGUCAUUUUCCUCCUACUUGCUCGGUAUUCUUAUGUGCGUACAACAACAUGUAAGCGUUGGCAUGCUGAAGCGUGAAGAAAACCAAAAUAAUAUCCACGGAUUGCCCUUUUUUUGCAAUACUUCAUGUAAAAACCGGGAAUGUAUUUUUUUUUUGUCUCGCCGUAAGCUCAAUUCAAUCCAGGCACAAGGUCUUAUCGCCAAUUUUUGUCAUACAUCACUCAAGUGUACACAAAAGAAAUCGGCUGAUAAAUUAAGCCCUGUGUCUGGACAUGAAUUUAGCUUAAGUUUAUACCCUGGAAUAAGAAAAAAACAAAAAACAGUUAAGUUCUGAAAUUUGGAUUCUUGAAUUAUUUGGUUCCAGGGUUGGCAAUCUACGAUAUUAGCGUUGCGGUCCUGAAUUCACGUCCGAAAGUCAGUUCUUACAAAAAAUAUUUUGAGUAUCCAACACCCCAUUUCAUUCACUAAUGAAACGUUCUUCAUUUCCCUUGAGCGAACAUUGUCGUAAUUUUUUUUGUACGUCGGCAGCAAACGUGGCUAUGUCUGAAAUACACCAUACGUCAUUUUCCUCUUAAA